UCAGGAAGUUGUCAUGCGCGAUGCCCAUCGCUUCUUCGCCAUCUCGAGUCUUCUAAAACCUCCUGUAGAGUUAGGAAACUAGCUACGCCAUCAACAUCGUUGAACUCGUCUUCAAUGUAUUAUCAAAAACCCACUGCAGAGAGGUUUUUGGACAGACUUCAGUUCCGCCAGCGACGAGCUAGAGACAAACUUUAGCUACUGUUAGCUGUUGAUAGCGAAGUACUAAGGUAAGGUAAAUAACUUAACGCUGCCUGACUAUUUUUCAAAAGUUAUCUAAUUUCGUCGAUGUGUCCUCCCUCGCCACCGUCACGGGACUUAGAAGUCAUGUUGGGCGAAUCACUAAGUCACCCUAAUAAAAACAAUAAGCCAUCCGUUUUGACAUCCCACCAUGUCGGGGCCAACCUAAGCAAACCAAGGCAAGCAAUGUUGAAGAAAAGUGGGAGAAAACAACCUCGUUCGACAAUGUUGGGGUUACAGCGGACACACCACCAAAAAACGAUGAGAAAAAACCCCAUGCACCUGGCAGACAACAAUGUCGCAGUUUCGAAAUCCCCAGUGCAGAGUGCGGAGCUCGCGACCAACCGGACCCAGGCGACUGCGUUGACCCUUCACAAUCUUAAGCAGGGAACAAAGAAAGAGCUACUGAAGUCAAAAAGUGGGAGAGUGGAGAGAGCCACAGGACCAGCAGGCCAGUCUGUCCACAACCUCAAUAGACACAAUCAAGCUGCCCAGAAUCUGAUCACCCGGAGCCCUAGGAGCAGGCAUGCUAAUGCACCUGGCAAUGCUCUCUCAGUAAUGAAAAGCCACAGCAGCUGCCACCAGAAGCCACCCUCUGCUCCCUUCCAGCUCUGUGGAGAGGAGAAGAAGCCCUUCAACUCAGCUGACAGUGCCAAGAUUGUGAAUGUAUCCCCAGCUGAGCUUGUACCCGAGGAGGAGCUCAAAGACGGAGAGAAGAUCUAUGCUGGAGCUAAAUUCAGCGAGCCCCCGUCUCCAAGUGUCCUGCCCAAACCACCCAGUCGCUGGGUUGGUGAAACUGUCCCCCAACAUUCCGACCACAGCCGAGAGAAAAUGACUUUUCAUUUGAAGUCUUUGCUGAAGGUUCAAGAUAAACCAUGAUCACAAUGGAUGGAAAAGCUGGAACGAUCCUUCUAUACCUUAUCAAUGACAACACAUUUGGCACUAAAAAACUGGACCGAUUACUUAACAGCAACCGAAUGUAAUGAGUUUUUGAUCUGUAAUACAAUUUCACAUUGUUUUGAGCAAGCAGGCUUGUGUUUUUAUUUUAUUUUUAAUGAACUUCUGUAAAUGUAUAUUCUGUAAACAUGUAAAAUUAGUAUAUAUUUUUCAUGCUAUUUUAACAGAAAGUAUAGUUUUGUUACUGAAGCCUAAAAGAUGUUCACCAUGAACUGGUGCACUUUUUUACUGUAAAUAAUGGGCUGCAUUGCCCAUUGAGGGACAUUGAACGUAAGAAAACAUUUUACAAAUUUGCACAAGACUGACUGAAAAACAAACCACGGGUCCCCAUAGCGGCGAACAUAGAGUUGUGAUGGUUUGGGGUUCUGUGAACUUCACCCCACCUGUUGUGGCUGCUAUUGCCCUGAAAGCACUGUAGAGGACAGAACUCUCUAAAGGAAGAUUGUUUCACAACUCCUGUACUACAGUACACAUUUUUGUCCUGUAGUACAAAAAUAAUCUUGCCAGCUCAACGGCCGUUUUGAGCUGGCUGGGUGGGCGAGAUUAAGAGGAUGGCGUGGCAAUGUGAAAGUCUAAUGAAUCAAUGAUUCCCUUUGAAGAGGACAACUGCCGCUGCAGAAAACAGACAUUCAGCACUGAGUGCUUAUUCUUUUAAGUCUCUAGCACUGACUCAUUUCUGUUAUGUUAAAAAAAAAAAUGCUUUGUAUUUUUAAUGUCUUUCAUUUUCCCAUCUAAAGCACAGAAUUAUAUUUACCCAAAGUGAUCUUUAUUAUUAUGUAACACAUCUUUGACCCUAGCUAACAGAUUGUAACGGACUAAUGUGAUAAGAUCCUGAUGCUUCAUUAGCUGUUACAGAUUUGGUACUGUUUGGCGUAACACAGAGCAUUUUUGACCAACCUUAACGUGGCCACACUUCCUCAAUACCUAACAACCAGUGUCUUCUAAACGUCCAUGUCUAGUUGCAGGGGGUUUGUUUGAAUUUAGAAAGUGUGCCGUUAUUAAAUUUAAAUCGAUGUGUAAUCCUACAUCUUGUCUAUUUCAAAUCUUCUCUCAUUGACCGAGACAGGUGAUUUGACCUCUGGAGCCAGGCAGCUGCUAGAUCUUGUUCCUUGACUCUCAGUGAUGUCACAAUGAUGAAAUUGUAUUACUGUACCGAAGAUCGACUCAUGUUGCAAUUGUUAAAAGAAAAGUGAUUUUAGUCCAGUCACUAAAUUUGUAUUCAUGUUUAAAAAAACACCCCCCACAUGGCAAUUAGAAAAUUAUUUUUAAUUUUGAUGCAUUUAAUAUCUAAAUUGACAUUAAAAUGUUGGCUACCCCCAAUA